AUGUCGGCCAGUAAAGCGGCGCAGAAGCGGUUGACCCGCGAGUACAAGUCCAUCUCCGAAAACCCGCCCCCGUAUAUCCAAGCGCACCCUUCCGACUCGAACAUCCUCGAGUGGCAUUACGUUAUUACUGGUCCCGAAGAUACCCCCUACCACGGCGGACAAUACUGGGGAACGCUCAUGUUCCCCCCGAACUACCCUUUCGCGCCUCCCGCCAUCCGCAUGCACACCCCUUCCGGCCGGUUCCAGCCAUCGACGCGGCUCUGCCUCUCCAUCUCCGACUUCCACCCCAAAUCCUUCAACCCGGCCUGGGAGGUGUCGACCAUCCUGAUCGGCCUCCUCUCGUUCAUGACGUCGGAAGAGAUGACCACGGGCUCGGUAUCCGCCACGGCCGCCGAGCGGCGGGCCCUCGCCGCCCGAUCGCGGUGGUGGAACUCCACCGGGGGCGGGUCCCACGCCAAGGCCAACGUGGCGGGGAAGGGCAACGUCAAGGCAGGCGACGGCGGCGCCAAGUUCCGGGGCGAGUGGCCGGAAAUCGACGCCGAGAACUGGGAGUGGAUGCGCGAGAACAAGGUGGACGUCGCGACGGGGAACCGACCCUGCGGAUCGGGCGCGGGGGGCGCGAGCUGUGGACCGCAGCUGGGCAUCGGUGCUGGUGCUGGUAGUGGGCACCAGGGCCGCGCCGUGGUGGAUGCCGUUGUGCAGCAGCGGGACGCCGGCACCGGUUGGCUCCAUCGGAACAAGCUGCUCGUGGCUGGCGCCGUGCUGUUCAUUUACGUCCUCAUUGCGCGCAUUUUGGGGAACGGGGAAUAG